AUGCUCGCCGACAUCUCGAACCAGCCAGCGCAGCACCCGCUCGCGGCACCGUCGUCGCCCGCCUCGAAGGCGCCAAACAAACGCUCCCUCGCACUCGCACUCAGCUCUGAGGGCGAUGCGGUGUUGCCGACCCAGCUGAGGAUCAAGAGGCAGUUCUCUUCGACGUCCUCCUCGUCUCCCGCUCCAGGUGCAGGGUCAUCCUCCCCCUUCUUCCAGCGCUCACACCUCGACACCUUCUACGCCCCAACAUCCCCCACCUCGUCAACCUACGAGAAACACCCUCUCUCGCCCGUUCGUCCUGCGCCUUCAAACGCAUGCACUUCGCUUCCUCCUUCGUCGCCUUCGUUCGGGUUGUCCUCAGCGACUGCGCUGGACGAACUCGUGAAGGUCUCCUCGGUUCUCGCCUCAGAAGCGCCUGCCGCGUCAGCUGAGCAGAAGAGCGACCCCGGCCUCGAGGCACCUCGAGUGGUCCAUCUCGAACGCGACACGGUCCUCUACUUCGGUCGCAAAGCGAAGAAGGCGCUUCCUCGCUCUCCUCUCCAGCACGGCGCGAAUCGCCUGACCCACGUCCCCAUCAUGCUCCCCAAAUCCGCCAAGAACGCUUCGCGGAUCCACUGUUCCGCUCGGAUCGUCUCUGCACCUUCUUCAAGCCCACGCGUGCAAGUGGAGAUCCGCGUGACGGGUCAGAACGGGAUGAAAGUUGAUGGGAAAGUGAGGAGGGAUGGAAGUGUUGUGAGGCUUGAGAAGAGGGCGGGCGAGAGUGUCAAGUUGAGGUUCUGGGGGUGGGAUGCGCAGUUGGUUGUUGCAGAGUCUGAGGCGGAGAUGAGGAGCGACGAGGGCUCGGAUGGCGAGUUGGGUGAUUUGCCCAGCGAGGUCGAGGAAGAAGAGGUGGACACCUCGGCUCGCUCGAAGCGUCGCUCUCGUCCCGCUUCUCGCGCCGUAUCGCCCGCCCUCUCGUUCUACAGCGACGACCACGGUCUCUCGCCACAGCAGCGCCCCACCCUCUCCCUCCCUACCUCCUCACCUCUCUCCCCUCCUCCCUCGCUCCCUCGCUCCACACCCUCCGCCUCCUCCGCGCGCGCCGCAUCCCUCACUCGCUCUCUCAAUCUCGACCUCCCAGGGCUGGUCGCCUUCUCGAUCGUCUUCCACUCGCGGUCGACAGUCGCAGUGGACGAGAUCAUCCACGCUUUGUUGCGCGAGACGGGGAGCAUGUGGGACGUCCUUUGUGACCAGGUUGAAGAGCUGAAGGAUACGGACGAGGGGGAGCGGAGGGCAAUCGAGGCGUGGAGGCGAGAGGUAGAGAGGGUGUUGGAUGAGGAGGAGAUGUUUGGCAAGAUCGACAACACGGGUCUCAAGGACGCCUCCGGCCACCCGCUCCCCCCCUACUACUUCUACAUCCCCGACUCGGACCCCUCCCCCGACCGAGUCGCCGCGCUCGAACCGUUCGUCAAGCGCGUCAGGGGCGCGAGGACGAAGAAGCAGGCGAGGUAUUUCUGGGCCAAGCCGAGUUUGAGGAGGAAUCGGUGA